AUGAUGCCAGCGUUCAGACCGGUGUUCAACACCACGAUCUCCACAAUUCCUUUACAGGACAUUAGAACACCAACCGAGAGCGACUCUCGUUUGUACAGCCCGCAAAACUUGGCUGCCACGAAUCCACCAAAGAUCUUCCCGACCAUGGCCACCACAACAAUGCAGACAAUUGCCCACAAUGAAUGCGCCAAAGAUGGGGUGGACUCCAAUUAUGUCUGUGAAAAAUGCAGACGCAAACAUAAGCAUCAGAAUGAUGGUUGUUCCGAGUUGCGAAGGGCCGGUGUGGAUCUCGUCCAGCUUGAACAGCACUUUGCGGAGAAGAAACCGCAACGGAUACACCACAAACAAACACCAGCCAAUAACGACCAGACAUAUGUAAGCUGUGAUUUCGGACUUCGAAGAGUUGGCCAGCGUGAUGCUGAGAGCAAGAAGGAUCCACCCGAUCAAGUCGUUGGUGAUUCCGGCAGCAAGAACCACGACACCGACUCGAUCUUUUACCAGACCCAGCUCUGUGAUGAUUCUGGCAAGCACGGGAAACGCAGUGAUGCACAUGGCGACGGCAAUAAACACCAUAAACGUGGUGAACUUAAUUGGUUGCAAGUCGUCGUCAUUGACUCUAUAUUCGUUCCACAGACCAACUGCGAUCGCACAGCCCAGUCCAAAGGGGACCGCCAUGUUAAAUAUGCCGACAGAAAAUGCAAUUUUAAGGUUCUUUUUGAUGAACUCGACGUCCACCUCGCAGCCAACCAUGAACAGUAA